AUGGCGCACAACUACAUUCUCCAAGUAACCGCAGGGCACGAGUACGACGCCAAAACUCACAGGGUCGUGCCGGUCAACUCCUCAAACCCUAUGACCAUAGAAUCAGAUCUGGCGACCACCGAUCUGAAUGUGCGGAUACAGGAUUACCGAGGCUUGCCCCUUAACUCGCCCAAGACAUCGCCCUACUUCAGCCUGCCAUUGCACGCGAAGAACAAAGAUGCGUACAGCAUCACGUUUCGCUUCCGGCUGAAACAAGACAUCAAUGCGAAUGAUCUUGUAUUCGGGAACGAUUUCGACCAUCCUAUUCGAGACCGUUUGCCACCUGGCUUUGGGACAGCUUUCAGGAUUGUGAAAUGGGUUGUUGACCCGGGACUGGAUGGAGAUGUCUACGCUGACGAACCGUACUUGUACGGACCUGCUGCCAGCUCCGUCAAUACGUUACAUAUUGGAUCGAAAACCGAAGGGGCUGAGGACAAGACAGAGGAGGAGGAUGAGGCAGGCAUGAUUUUUGAGGAAGGGGGCUCGGAAGAAGGGUUGGAAAUCCGCCGCGAGACAGGAGUACCUGAGACGGAGGCGGCACGGAAGAAAUACUUUCUGAAUGAGACGAAUAGAAAAGCUUGGGAUUGGGAGGCGGGUAGGACGUAUGGAUGUGACUUCUUUAAUCCUUAUUUGGAUUUCAAUGACUUCGCGUUGAGAUUACCAGGCUUCACUCUCCCGAUUAUGAAGUAUUGGGAUGGUCAGGGAUUGAGAUACGUGCUCAAGAACCGCGCCACGAACAAGGUCCUGUUCGUCGUCUGUUUUACAUUGUAUCUGAAAGAAGACAUAGACGCGGAUGGGAAUGUGAAGCCAGGGGUCGUCGGCGGCAUUCCCUUCGAUAAGAUGGACAAGGAGUUGGCGGAAAAGCACCAGCGGAAGAAGAAUGGGGAGGACGAAGAAGAUGAAGAUGAAGAUGAGGAAGACGAGGAGAAAGUUUCUCCCAGAGAUGAUGAUAUCGAUUGA